AUGGUCAGCAUGUAUCCCGGACACGAGCCCGACGAUAAGUGGAUUAGCUCGCUGCUGACCGUAGCGCCGUUCAAUCGGAUAGUUGAGUACUUUUCUGCGGAAAUUGGGGACGGAGGUAACCAGCGCUUGCAGCGCAAAGACUUCAUGCACAAUUUCUACCAUGAUACGAGGGCUUAUGAGAAGGAUCAGAUGAAUGAAGUCGUCUUUGGCAAGACCACUGAUCAGAACCUGCAUACCUCCGUCCGUGAUGUUUGGUUUGAUGCUGCGAGGGCAGAGCUUCGCGCUCGAGGCGUGAUUCCUCACGACGCGGAGCGAGCGUGGCACUGGAACGGGAUUCCUAUCUUCAUCGGGUGUUCGGAUUGUCAUCCUGUGGCCGGAUGGCGGGCAUGA